UGCAGAGAAGUUGAGACCAACUCAGAAACCUCCAACUCUCAGGCUGAAGCUCCUAAGCUCACCCUCGGAUAUGAAGGUCUCUGCAGCCCUCCUGUGCCUGCUCACAGCAGCUGCCUUCAGCACCCAGGUGCUGGCUCAGCCAGAUUCAGUUUCCAUCCCAAUCACUUGCUGCUUUAUUGUGAUCAGUAGGAAGAUCCCCUUCAAUAAGCUGGACAGCUACACAAGAAUCACCAACAGCUGGUGUCCCCAGGAAGCUGUGAUCUUCAAGACCAAAGCGGACAAGGAGGUCUGUGCUGACCCCAAGCAGAAGUGGGUCCAGAAUUCCAUAAAGCUCCUGGAUCAAAAGUCCCAAGCCCUGAAGGCUUGAACCUUCGUACCUGGACUGAGAGAGAGUCAGAGCCUUGGAAAAAUCUUAUUUAUUUCCCCCCAACCUCCCCCAGCUGUAUUAUUUUAUUAUAAUGUCCCAAAAGAGGUUCUUUGUUUAAUGAUUUAAAACACAUAGUUUCUUAAACAAUAAUUAUAUUUAAGUUAUUGAUGUUUUAACUUUAUCUGCCAUAAAUCCUAAUGAAUGUAAAGACACAACAUCUGGUGAUGAGUUUUCCUUUGUGAGCUCAAUUAAGUUCAUGGUAAGACGGCACUGUUCUCCCUCCUACCUGCCUGUAGUAUCGUGAGGUCCUUCCACUGAUCAUCAGAGUGAAACACCUUUGGAUUCUUAGGAAAUCAGUGCUCCAGUAAGAUGAUGUGUGCUAUGUAGUAUUGUGAUGGAAAUUAAUGUUAUUAAAUGACUAUGGAACUUUCAGAGAAAAAAAUCUAUAUAGUUU